AAGGUGCCAAGAAGAACCCAAAAAGGGGUUGAUGCUAUAGGAGAAAUAUUUUUGGUUCACCAAAGAACUUUUUAGUAAAUGGUACUUAGAGGAACCCAAUUUUUCUUAGUGGUAUAAAGAACAUUUUCAUAGCCUAAAGAACUUUUUUCCUUUGAUAUUAAAUAUCAUAUACCAUACAUGCUGACAAACCUUUAUUUUUUAAAGUGUAGGACAAGAGAAAAUAAAAAUCUUCUACCAUCUGUCACAGAAUUAUUCUGCUUAAAAUACAUCGGAAACAUUGAUCAUCAUAAUUCAUACAACUGCUUGUCUGGUAAAAUGGAAUGACAUUCUGUUGUGUUUUUUAUGGCAAUAUUUUACAAAUGAAAAUUUAAUUUUAAAAAACACUUAAAAAUCCAGGAGUUCCACAACAGUUCUACUGAAAGUUUCUAAUGGGGUUCUACUUAGAGUCUUUCCUGAAAGUAAAAGCUUUUUUGUUCCCCAGAGCAGCAAUCCAUAAAAACCUAGAAAUCUAGAGAUUUCUAGAUAAUGUUUUUCAACACAACAUGGGUAUUAUUCUGUAAUAAGUAUUACUUCCAGCAUUUCUAGAUGAAAAACCUUUGAAAUUAGAUAUCUGUUGAUGCUUUAUCGUUCCCAUGACUCAGGUUGUUGCUCAAUACCUGAUCCAUUACUGUAUAAAAAGAUAGGCAGUGAAACCUACAAACUACCUCAGGUUCUUGGUGAAUUAUCAAGAUGAAGACUUACUACCUGUGUGUCCUCAUGACCCUGGUUUUUAUGGUUCACGCAGGUCCAGUACCACCAUCUACUAAGAAGAGUGAUGAAGAAUUAACAAAGAAUUAUUUCAAAACAACAUCCAACAUGAAAGAGGAGAACAAGCUGUCCUUUGGUCGCAAGGUCAGUGAGACGAAGCAGCUUUUCAAGUUAAACGUGACAGGAACUCUGGAUGCUGAAAUGCUGGAGAAGCAUUACUGUGGAGUUCCAGAUGUUCCAAGAGCUGAAAAGUACAAAUGGUCUACAAACAAGUUGACCUACAGGAUCGAGAAUUACACUCCUGACAUGUCUGUGGCUGAAGUGGACGACUCUAUCGAGAGAGCACUUCAGGUCUGGGCUCGCGUUACUCCGCUGAGGUUCACUCGCAUCUACAGCGGUGUAGCUGACAUCAUAAUCUCUUUUACUGUAGGAGAUCAUGGUGAUGGAUCCCCAUUUGAUGGACCUAAUGGUCUCUUGGCUCAUGCAUUUGGCCCCGCUGUUGGCCUUGGUGGAGACACCCAUUUUGAUGAUGAUGAGACCUUCACCUUCAAGUCUGCUGAUGGAUACAUCUUGUUCUUGGUGGCUGCACAUGAAUUUGGUCACGCCCUGGGCCUGGACCAUUCCAGUGAUCCUGGAGCACUCAUGAAUGCAAGGUACACCUACAGAGAUGUUGACAACUUCCUUCUUCCUGGAGACGACGUUGGAAAAAUUCAGGCUCUCUAUGGUCCAAACCCUGAAAUGCCUGAUGUGCCCACACCUCCAUCCACUCCUAAUGCCUGUGACCGCAAUCUGGUCCUGGAUGCUGUUACAACCCUGCGUGGAGAGAUGUAUUUCUUCAAGGAUAAAUUUUUCUGGCGCCGCCACCCUCAGAACCCUCAAACUGAGCAAUUUCUGAUUAAGAGCUUUUGGCCUGAGCUUCCAGAUAAUAUUGACGCUGCUUUCGAGGAUCCAUCAGAUGACUUGGUGUACAUCUUUAAAGGUCAGAAGGUCUUGGUUCUCAGUGGUUAUGAUGUCGUGAAUCGCAAGAGUCUUAGUAGCUUUGGCUUGACGGCCAAAGAGAAAAAAAUUAACGCUGCCUUGUAUGAUGAGCAUACUGGAAAGAUCUUGUUCUUUGUUGACAAAUCAUACUACAGCUACAAUUCAAACAAGAAGAAGAUGGACGAGGGUUACCCUAAACCGGUGGACGAGAGAUUCCCCCAAGUAUCAGGAAAGGUCUCUGCAGCCUUCCAGUACAAAGCCUCCGAGUCCAAACCAACACAGGGAAGAUCGUUGAGGAGGAGACAUCCAUGAAGAUGUUCUACACAAGCUGCUUUCUCAUCGCACUGGCGAUCACCGUUCAGUCAGGUCCGAUCCCGAAACAAGCCGAGC